CCAGAGAUGGAUCCUGGUUGUGGUGCUCAGUGGAAUGAUAGGAGUUGAAUCAGAGUAAAAACCCCGCAGUCGCAGUUCAACCAGGAGUCUGGGAUUAGUUCCUCGCUGCAGUAGCCGCAGGAGGAAAGUUCUGUCAAGACAGACUGAGAUUCACUUUUCAGUGUAAUCCGCGGCAGCUGCGGCAGCAACUCUCCCACUGGAGGGUCUUCUCCUCCUGGUUCUAUAAAGAACCGCGCGGCUUCCUCAGGCUGCAGCACAGCGCUCAAUAGCCGGCGUCGCUGCUGCGCAUCUGACUCCCCGCUGGUGCUCUGGAGGAUUCUUGAUCUGGUUCCGAGCCUGGACGUGAAUCAGUUCUGAUUGCCAUAAGAUGCGCAUCGAGUAAUGUGACUGUCUGUCAACAGCGAGUUUAGACACUUAGUUAGUUUUAGUUGGUUUGUGGCUGUGGAUUAAAGCUGCGGUAGGUAAGAGCAUGGCCGCAGGUGGAGGCUGGAGGAUUUCUGCUGCUCUCACCCUGGUUCUCUGCUGCUGCACUCUGAGGAUUCAAGGAGCCUGUGUCCACCAGGGAGCACCGUAUGCAAACAACUCAUCAUGGAGGCCUGAGUCGUGUCAGGAGUGCACGUGUGGAGGGGACGUAGUCAUCUGUAAAACCACACACUGCCCAAACCCACACUGUGACUUUCAGAGGGGUGAACAGUUGAGGAUUUUGUCCAAUCAGUGCUGCCCACAAUGUGUGUCCUUGUCUGAGGGUUCCUGUCAGUAUGAAGGACUUGUCUAUGGAGACAACAGUCAGUGGACUCCCGCCAUGUGCUCUCUCUGCACAUGCUCCAGAGGCACCGUCUCCUGCAGUGUCCUGUCUUGUCCUGCUCUCGCCUGUGCAGAGGAUGAACGUCCAUUCACACCAGCUGGAGAGUGUUGUCCACGAUGUGCACGCACUGGAGACUCCUGUUCCUGGCAGGGUGUUGUGUACAGAGACGGUGAGCAGUGGAAGCCCAGUCUCUGCUCCAGAUGUUCCUGCAGCAGGGGUCAGGUCCAGUGUUCAGUGACUGAGUGUCAGCAGGUUGCCUGUAAAGCGCAUGAGAACUUGGUGAUCCAGCCUGGUCUCUGUUGUCCUCAGUGUGUGUCUAAUCCCUGUUUGUCUGCUGGAAAACAGUACCAGCAUGGUGACCAGUGGCAGAAAAACUCCUGCACCACAUGUGUGUGUUACCAUGGUCAGUCAAAGUGUCACACGGACACGUGCCCACCAAUCAGCUGUGAGAAGGGUCAGACUAAAGUGAAGCGAGCAGGUCAGUGUUGUGAAGAAUGUGCCGCAGCUAAAGGAAGCUGCCUGUACGAGGGCACAGUACGGUAUCAUGGAGACAUGUGGAACGGUACUGGCUGUGAGUUCUGCAGCUGCAGCCGGGGACAAGUUCUGUGUCGCAGAGCUGAGUGUGGAAGAGUAAAGUGUCCAAAGGGAUCAGAGUUGGUUCACCUGCCGGGAAAAUGUUGCCCUGAGUGUUUGGCUGUCAAACCUUCUUGUCUGUACAAAGGAAAAACCUACAAGGACAUGUCUCAGUGGACAGACGGCAGCUGUCGUCAGUGUGAGUGUCUCCAUGCCCAGGUGACUUGUUAUCUGCGUUCCUGUCCAACCUGUGCUCCAGGAACUUUGGCUGUGACCCAGGAGAAUCAGUGCUGCCCGGAGUGUCUGCCAGUCCAGUGCCACUCUGACUGUCUGUCCUGCUCUGAAACCAUUGACCACUGUGAGAAAUGCAGGAACCCCAAGUCUGUCCUCCACCUGGGUCGCUGUCUGUCCUCGUGUCCUGAAGGUUUCUACCUUGAUGGAUCAGAGUGUCAAGCCUGCCGCUUCUCUUGCGCCUCCUGCUCCAGCGGUUAUGACUGCCUUUCCUGUAGCCCGCAGCGACCCUUGCUAAAUGCUCAACAUGACCAGUGCCUCGCAUCCUGUCCCCAAGGCUCCUACCAGCACGACCAGUCACACUGUCACAGUUGUCACGAAUCCUGUUCAGACUGCUAUGGUCCAAGUUCUGAGGACUGUGUAUCAUGUUCUGAUCCUGCUGCCCUGCUCAAAGACAGACAGUGUGUCCAGGACUGUGGUCCAGGGUUCUACAGCCGAGACGGAAUCUGCUACGCCUGUGAUACAUCCUGUGCCUCCUGUUUCCCGGACAACCCCUCCUGUAUGAGCUGCCCUCCAGGUAAAGCAGUGCAUUAUGGGAAAUGUGUUAGCGAGUGUCCGGCUCAACAUUACAUGGACGAGCAGAGCAGGUGCAGAGCGUGUCACAGCUCCUGUGGAUCCUGCUGGGGUCCCUCGGUUUCCCAGUGUACCUUGUGUCCUCCUGGACUUCUGCUUCACCAGGGUCAGUGUGUGGAGGCCUGUGGUGAAGGACUGUACUCUCAGGACAACACCUGCCACAACUGUCAUCCCACCUGCCGCUCCUGUCUGGGACCGCUGGCCUCAGACUGUCUCCGCUGUCUUAAACCAGAGGAAGUUCUGGUCCCGCAGUCUGGUGACCUGCAGCAUGCUGGGAUCUGCGCAGCUCGAUGUCCGGCUCGUUCGUUCCUAGAUGACACCCAGACCUGCAAAGAAUGUCAUCCAUCCUGUUCACGUUGUACCGGACCAUCUGCUGAAAACUGUACAUCCUGCAAUUCUCCCACUAGCCUCCAUGGGGCGGGUUGCGUGGCCACUUGUCCACAGGGCUUCUUUGUUCUUGACAGUCAGUGUCAAGAGUGUCAUCCAUCAUGCCAAGGAUGUUCUGGGCCGUCUCAAGCCGAUUGUACUUUCUGCCCCCUGCUGGCCACACUACAGAAUGGCUACUGUAGAACCAGCUGCCCUGAGGGGCAGUAUCUCAGCCCUAAAACUGGACAGUGUUUAAAGUGCAGUCGGAACUGUCAACGUUGCACAGCUGACCUGCAAUUAGGAGAGGGCAGCGUUUGCCUGUGGUGUCAGACACCGAGGGCAUGGCUUCUGGAAGACCACUGCGUUCAACAGUGUCCGCAAGAACGUUUCGCUCAACACGGAGCCUGCAUCAAAUGUCACCCAUCAUGUGAGUCCUGCAGUGGUCUGGGGCCCCUCUCCUGUACAUCCUGUCAUGUGACCAACGUUCUGUUGCCAUCAGGAAUUUGUGCUGCCAAAUGCCCUCUUGGUUACUAUGACAACGGUCAUAGGGUCUGCCAGGCAUGUGACCUGCAGUGUCUGACCUGUGACUCGGCUGGAAUCUGUACAUCUUGUCGUGACCCAAAUAAAGUUCUGCUGUUUGGAGAAUGUCAGUACGACGGCUGUGCUCAUCAGUAUUAUCUCAACACUACCACCAGGGUCUGCAGAGAGUGUGACUGGAGCUGUAAUGCCUGCACUGGUCCUCUCAGGACAGACUGUCUGCAGUGCAUGGAUGGGCAUGUACUACAGGACGGAGUGUGCAUGCAGAGCUGCUCACCUGGAUUCUACCGUGAUGGAGAGCGCUGUCUCGGCUGUGAUGACCACUGUGUACAGUGUGCAGGUCCAGGAAGGUGCCUACAGUGUCAGCCUCCGUAUGUCACUCUACAGGGUCACUGUGUGCAUGGAUGUGGCAGAAACCACUUCAUGGACUCCUCUACCAAUGUCUGCAAAUCCUGCUCCUCUGACUGUGUUCUGUGCGAUGGUAUUGGACAAUGCCGUGCAUGUCGGAACCAAACAUUUUUGAUCGAGGGUUACUGUGCCCCUGACUGUGGACAUGGGUACUAUGCUGAUAAAAAGACCAAGACCUGUAUUGCCAACACUCGUCCUCCGGUUCUCCAUGUCAACGGUUCCCUGCUAGUUCCCCUCGGAGGUUUUACGGCUCUCACACCAUUGCUGCUGCAGGUCAAAGACCCCGACAGUCCUUCGCAGCAGCUUGUCUUCCAGAUCAUCCACGGCCCAAACAAUGGACGUCUUUUUCUGUUGAAAGAGAUGGACAGGGAACAAAGACAGGAACUGAGCCGAGACAGUACCUUCACCUGGACUGAGCUGAGGGCCGGCCAAGUUCACUUUAAGCAUCAGAAAGACAAAGCCAGGAGGGGAGAGUUUGCGCUCCGUGUUUCUGACCCUCAGCUGUUCUCUGAGCAGGAAACAGUCCAGGUGCAGGCCCUUUCACAGCAGCCUUCGAAGAUUAUGUCUCUCUCUCCAUUGCUUGUUGAACAUCCCGGUUCUUCGUCAGUCAUCAGAAAGUCAGUGCUUCAGGUGGAUGACCCUGAUAAUCCAGCAGAUGUUCUGAUCAUGGUGGUGGAACCUCCCCGCCAUGGUACCCUGACCAGACUGCAGGGCAAUCGGCCGCUGGGCCGCUUCAAACUGGAUGAGCUUUCACGUGAACAGAUCCAGUACGUCCACGAUGGCUCGCAGGAGACCCAGGACCAGAUGGUUCUGCAGGUCAACGAUGGUCACAGCUACAAAAACAUUCUGCUGGAGAUCCACAUCACACAGAAGGCAGCUGAUUCUCCUCAGGUUCUCUCAGAACCGAUGAUGACGUGGGUAAAAAAAGGAGGAACGGUCAGACUAGAUAAAAAACACCUUCACGCCAACGUCCAGGGAGUGGGCUCUGAACAUAUUGUCUAUAACAUCUUCACAGCAGACGGAGGACCACAGUAUGGUGAAGUGGUUUUGGUCUCCAUGCCUGCUGAUGGACCUCCUGAUGGCUGGCGUCCCUCACUCACAGAUGACCAAGGCUUCACCUCCACUAUGUCCUUCACUCAGCAGGAUGUAGAAGACGGCACUGUCUGGUACCGACACUUUGGCCACGGAACUAACAGUGACUCCUUUCAGUUCCAGUAUUCUACAGAUGUAGCUCCUGUAGUACAAGGUGAUGUCCAGACCUUCACCGUUGGAAUCCUGCCUCAGAUCCCAGGAUUCCCCCAGCUGGACCCAGACUGUGAGCUCCAGGUUACGGCUCUGGAGGAUGAGGUGACAGAGAUUACAUCUGCAGCUCUGUCUUUCAUCGACUCUGAUAGUCCCAGUGAGAAGAUAAUCUACAAUAUCACCAAACCACUGCCACCAGGACAAGGAGCAAUCGAGCACAGAGAUAGACCAUUCGCAGCAGCCACACACUUCUCACAGAGAGACGUGGACUCUGGGAAGAUCAUUUACAGACCACCCCCGGCCCCCUCACACCUGCAGGAACUGUAUCAGUACUCCUUCAUUGGUCUGCCUGAGUCUCUGAGUGUCUACUUCACAGUGUCAGACGGUGAACACACCACCCCUGAGCUGGACUUUGUUGUCCUGCUUCUUUCCAACCAUCAGCAGCCCCCAGUGUUUCAGGUCCUGGACCCUCUGCUGGAGGUCAGCCUGGGAGGACAGGCCGCCAUCGGAGGUCAGCAGCUGGCAGUAAGUGAUGCUGAUACGGCUCCAGACGAGCUGGAGUUUGAGCUGGUGGAAGCUCCUGUGUACGGAGAAUUGAUUAAAGUGGAUGGAAACACACGUGUCAUCAUGAGAAACGGUGAUAUCUUCACCUUUAGUGACAUCACCAGAAAUGUUCUCCUCUACCGUCAUGCUGGACUCUCCACCAGAGAAGAUGCUAUGACCUUCUCUGUCAGUGACGGCAUCUCCAUGGCAACCCAGGUGGUGCAGGUGGUGAUUCUGGGCGCAGGCGGUGAAGGGCCACAGCACCAGCCUGAGGCUACGCUGUCCCUAGAGGUUGGAGACAAAAGCAGCACCGUGAUCCAACGUUCGCACCUGGCUUACACCGACAGCACGUCUACUGAUGCUCAGAUCCGAAUCCAGCUGGUAUCAGUACCAAUGUAUGGUCUCCUGACCAGGAGCCAGUCACAACAGGAGCACGAAGAGCUCAGGGAGUAUUCAUCGUUCAGCAUGGAAGACGUGAACCAGCAGAGGAUUAGGUACAUCACCUCACUUCAAACCGACUCUCAGCCCAUCACUGACGUAUUCCACUUUAUCGUCUACGAUGCUGACAACAAUCGACUGGAAAACCAGAUGUUUACCAUAACUAUUACUGCCUCACUCAGAAGACUGCCCCCAGUGGUCACUGUACAUGGUGGCAUCAAGGUCCAGGAGGGUGGUCGUGUGCAGUUGUCAACCAAUCACAUCAUUGUUUCGGACCUUGACACACCCAGAAAGGAGCUGCUGGUGUGGCUUGUCAGUCCUCCUAAAUACGGCUUCAUUGAAAACACCAGGCCAGGAGGCUCAAUUGGUGGCUCGAGGGUCAUCACACCUGAAGUUCCUUUUUCAUUUGAGGACCUGACGUCUGACUACAUCUUCUACGUUCAGAACAGUGACCUAGAAACUGCAGUGAAGCAGGACGUUUUCAGCUUUUACAUCAGUGAUGGACACACCCAGACGGAGGCCUUCAAUGUGGAGAUCAACAUUCAGAGCAAAGAGGACACUCAGCCCAUGGUGUCAGUCAGCAGCAUCCACGUGGAGGAAAAUUCAGGUGUCGUCAUCACGAACUCCUCUCUCACGGUCAGAGACCAUGACACACCGGAGAACGAGAUCCUGUUCACCAUCAUCAGAAUUCCUACCUACGGAAAACUACGUCGACGUCAGUUUUACUCUCAGCCACUGCAGAGCGGUCGCAUCCUGGAGCAGGGCUCAACCUUCACGUACCAGGAUGUUCUGGAUCAGCUGCUGGUAUACACACCCGAGAUCGUCAGCGGGGGAGUGGACGAGAUGGGCUUCACCCUGACCGAUGGUGUAAACACACACACAGGACGUCUGGAGUUUACCAUGGAUGUCGGUCCAAGGAUGACAGUCAACAGGGGUCUGCAGCUGUCAGCAGGAUCUUCUUCUAAGGUCACAGAGCAGAACCUGAAGGGCACAGACAUUGACUCCGACAGCCUGAAGCUCCGUUACAUCCUCACAAAAGAUCCUCCGUCAGGAAAACUCCAGUUGAGCAGAAACGGACGUCUAGAGAAAGUGUCUGUCAAAGGUCCAGUUCAGAGCUUCACACAGGACGAUGUCAGCAAAGGUCUGCUGCAGUACAGUCAUGAGAAAGGAGAGAAGGGAGGCAGCCUGUUGUUCAAGUUCAACCUAGUGGACCCAGAGGGAAACAAACUGAUCGAUCAGUCGUUCUUCAUCAGUGUCCUCGAGGACCGACUUCCUCCGUCUGUGGUGGUGAACAAAGGUCUGGUACUGGAUGAGAACACGGUGAAGAAGCUGACCACGCUGCAGCUGUCUGCCAGUGACCAGGACAGUGAACCGGGAGAACUGGUCUACAGGAUCACCAAACAGACAACUCUGGGUCACCUGGAGCAUGUCAGCAACCCAGGAACUAAGAUCAGUACUUUCACUCAGGCUGAUCUAGUGUCACGCAGCAUCCAGUACGUCCACACCAGUGAAGAAGAAAAACAUGCGGACCAGUUUUCUUUCACUGUUUCUGACGGGACAAAUGAGGUUGCUCAGAGCUUUUACAUCACCAUCAAACCUGUAGAUGACUCACUGCCUCUGCUCCAUGUUCCUGGAAUGAGAGUCCAGGAGGGUGUGAGGAAAACCAUCACAGAGUUUGAGCUGAAGGCAACUGAUGCAGACACUGAGGCAGAGUCCAUCAUCUUCACAGUUGUCCAGCCUCCGCGCCACGGCGCUAUCGAACGGACCAGCAAUGGUCAGCAUUUUAGACAGACCAGCAGCUUCAGCAUGGACGACCUCUACCAGAACCGUAUCAGUUACAACCACGACGGUUCAAACUCUCUGAAGGACCGAUUCAGCUUCACUGUGAGCGACGGAACCAAUGUCCUCUUCAUGGUGGAGGACGGAGGAAAAGAGGUGCUGACAGCUGCACCACAGAAGUUUAAGAUAGAGAUUCUGCCUGUGGAUAAUGGGACACCCCGCAUUGUCACUAACCUGGGACUGCAGUGGCUGGAGUACAUGGAUAACAAGGCGACCAAUGUGAUCAGUAAGAAGGAGCUGCUGACAGUGGAUCCAGACACUGAUGAUGAUCAGCUGGUUUAUGAAGUGACUGAUGAACCCAAACACGGAUUCCUGGAGACCAAACUCAGACCUGGAAACACUGUGACUACAUUUACACAAGCUGACAUCAACCUGGGUCUGAUCCGCUACGUACUGCAUCAGGAGAACUACCAGGAGACCAUGGACACCUUCAAGUUCCUUGUGAGGGACAGUAAACCCAAUACUGUCAGAGACAACGUCUUUCACAUCCAGUGGUCCCUCAUCAGCUUCCAACACAAAAGCUACAAUGUGAGUGAGAAAGCCAGUACAGUGGCAGUGACGGUAAAGCGAACAGGAAACCUGAACCAGUACGCUGUGGUGCUGUGCCGCACCGAGCAGGGCAGUGCCACCUCCACUGGCAGCAUGGGGUCACAACCCGGUCAACAGGACUACGUGGAAUACGCAGGACAGGUCCAGUUUGAUGAGCGUGAGGACACCAAAGUCUGCACCAUCAUCAUUAAUGACGAUAAGGUGUUUGAGGGUGUGGAGAGUUUCCAGGUGGAGCUAAGCAUGCCCGUCUAUGCGCUGCUGGGCCACAACACCCGAGCUGUAGUCAACAUUAACGACACUGAGGACGAGCCCAGACUGCAGUUCCACAAGAAGAUCUACCAUGUAAACGAGAGUAGUGGGUUCAUUCACGCUCCUGUAGAGAGGAAAGGCGACACCUCCAGCACUGUGUCUGCUCUCUGCUACACUGUGGCCAAAUCUGCACAAGGUAGCAGCCUCCAUGCUCUGGAGUCUGGCUCAGAUUACAAAAGCCGAGGCAUGUCCAAUGACAACAGGGUGGUCUUUGGACCUGGGGUUAGCAUGUCUACCUGCGACGUGAAGCUGAUUGACGACAGCGAGUACGAGUUGUCUGAAGAGUUCGAGCUGGUUCUGUCCGACGCCUCCGAUAAUGCCCGCAUGGGUGACUUGACGGUAGCUAUGGUGAUCAUCGAUGGACCCAAUGAUGCUUCGACAGUGUCCCUUGGGAACGCCACGUUCACUUUUAGUGAAGCUGCAGGAACUAUUGAAAUUCCUGUGCUGCGCCAUGGCAGUGAUCUGUCCUCGCUGACAUCAGUGUGGUGCGCCACCCGACCUUCUGACCCGCCUUCAGCCAGUCCAGGUGUGGACUACAUCCCCAGCUCAAAAAAGGUGGAGUUCAAACCUGGAAGAACGGAGGAGACGUGCAGUUUGACUAUCAUGGACGACAUCCAGAACCCCAGCAUUGAAGGACCCGAAUCCUUUAUCAUCUUUCUUAGUUCUCCUCAGGGAGCAGUUCUGCAGGAGCCGUAUGAAGCCGACGUUGUCAUCACUGACACCUUCCAGGACAUUCCCAGCAUGCAGUUUGAAAAGACUUCCUACACAGUGAAGGAGAGGGAUGGUGUCCUCCAUAUCCCAGUUGUCCGCAGUGGUGACCUUUCCUUCAAAUCGUCUGUGAGAUGUUUCACCAGGACCAUGUCAGCCAUGGUGAUGGACGACUUUGAGGAGAGACCAAACACUGACGCGUCCCAAAUCAUCUUCCUGAAAGGAGAGAAGGUUAAAAACUGCACAGUUCAUGUCAACGAUGACUCUAUCUUUGAGCCCGAAGAAGAGUUCCAAGUGCAUCUUGGGACACCUUUGGGUGACCACUGGAGCGGUGCCAUGGUGGGAGCCAGUGACAUUGUCACCAUCACUGUCACCAAUGAUGAAGACGCUCCCACCAUUGAGUUUGAACAGGCUUCCUAUCAGGUGAGAGAACCCCAAGGACCGGACGGCAUUGAGGUACUUAACAUCAAGGUGAACAGGCAUGGGGAUUUGGACCGGACUUCUAAAAUCCGCUGUAGCACCCGUGAUGGAUCGGCCCAGUCUGGAUUAGACUAUAACCCCAACAGUCGAGUCCUAAAAUUCAUACCAGGAAUGGACCACAUUAUCUUCAAAGUGGAGGUUUUGUCCAAUGAAGACAGGGAGUGGCAUGAGUCCUUUUCAUUGGUCCUGGGGCCUGAUGACCCUGUGGAGGCAGUACUGGGUGAGAUCACGGUGGCGACAGUAACCAUUCUGGACCAGGAAGCUGCAGGAAGUCUCAUUCUUCCAGCUCCACCCAUCGUGGUCUCUCUUGCUGACUAUGAUCAUGUUCAAGAAGUGACUAAAGAGGGCAGUAAGAAGACACCCUCACCUGGUUACCCUCUUGUCUGCGUCACACCCUGUGACCCCCAUUACCCCAAAUACCCAGUGAUGAAGGAGCGCUGUGAUGAGGCGGGAAUUAACCAGACACAGCUUCAUUUCUCCUGGGAAGUGGCAGCACCUACUGACACCAAUGGUGCCCGCUCGCCUUUUGAGACAGUGACCGACACAACACCGUACACAAGUGUCAACCACAUGAUUCUGGACAGCAUCUACUUUAGCCGUCGUUUCCAUGUCCGCUGCGUGGCUCAGGCUCGGGACAAAGCUGGUCACCUUGGAACUCCACUGAGAAGUAACAUCGUCACUAUUGGAACUGAGGGCGCCAUCUGCCACACCCCAGUCACCACUGGAACUGCAAGAGGAUUCCAAGCUCAGUCCUUUAUCGCCACACUCAAAUACCUGGACGUCAAGCACAAAGAGCAUCCAAACAGAAUCCACAUCUCGGUGCAGAUCCCACACCAGGAUGGCAUGCUCCCCCUGGUGUCCACCAUGCCUUUGCACAACCUGCACUUUCUGCUCUCAGAGUCAAUCUAUAGACAGCAGCACAUCUGUUCCAACCUUGUCACACUUACAGACCUGCGGGGUCUUUCUGAGUCAGGCUUCCUGGAUGACGUCUUGUACGACACCAUCUCUCUGGGACCUGGGUACGACCGGCCGUACCAGUUUAACCCCAGCGUUCGGGAGACAAAAACCAUACAGCUCUACAAGCACCUGAACCUGAAGAGCUGCAUCUGGACGUUUGAUGCCUACUACGACAUGACAGAGCUGAUAGACGUGUGCGGUGGCUCGGUAACUGCUGACUUCCAGGUUCGGGAUUCAGCUCAGUCCUUCCUGACGGUGCAGGUCCCUCUCUAUGUGUCCUACAUCUAUGUGACUGCACCACGAGGCUGGGCAUCUCUAGAGCAUCACACUGAGAUGGAGUUCUCCUUUUUCUAUGAUACCAUCCUCUGGAGAACAGGAAUACAGACGGACAGCGUUCUCUCAGCCCGACUGCAGAUCAUUCGUAUUUACAUCAGAGACGAUGGUCGUCUGGUGAUCGAGUUUAAAACCCACGCCAAAUUCCGAGGUCAGUUUGUUACAGAACAUCACACUUUGCCAGGACAUAAGUCACACAUGAUGGCACCAGACCAUCUGGGUGGCAUCGAGUUCGACAUGCAGCUGCUGUGGAGUGCUCAGACCUUUGAUUCGCCGUACCAGCUGUGGAGAGCAACCAGUUCUUACAGCAGAAAGGACUAUUCUGGAGAGUACACCGUUUUCCUGAUCCCCUGCACUGUCCAGCCAACUCAGCCCUGGAUCGACCCAGGGGGUAAACCUCUGUCCUGCACAGCCCACGCUCCAGAGAAAUUUUUGGUACCAAUCGCCUUCCAGCAGACCAACCGUCCUGUCCCUGUAGUUUACUCCCUUAACACUGAAUUCCAGCUCUGCAACAACGAGAAGGUUUUCAUGAUGGAUCCAGCCACUGUUGGCGUGUCCAUGGCAGAGAUGGACUACAAGGGAGCAUUCUCUAUGGGUCAGACCUUGUAUGGUAGGGUGCUGUGGAAUCCUGAGCAGAACCUGAACGCUGCGUACAAACUUCAGCUGGAAAAGGUUUAUCUCUGCACUGGCAGAGAUGGAUACGUUCCUUUCUUUGAUCCAACAGGAACUCUGUACAACGAGGGUCCGCAGUACGGCUGCAUUCAACCAAACAAGCACCUCAAACAUCGGUUCCUACUCCUGGAUCGUAAACAGCCUGACGUGUGCGACCAAUAUUUCCACGAUGUUCCUUUUGAAGCACACUUUGCCUCCGAGAUUGUGGAGCUACAGCCCAUGUCAGCCAUGCCAGGGGUGGACGGCUUCACCAUGAAGGUGGAUGCUCUGUACAAGGUGGAGGCAGGGCACCAAUGGUACCUGCAGGUCAUUUAUGUAAUCAGUCCCGAGUCUCGGUCCAGUCCGAGAAUUCAGCGCUCAGUGACCUAUCAGCUGGGUCGAUCCAAACGUGACCUGGUGGACAACAGUGGACGCCUGACUCUGGACGAGUCACUGAUUUAUGACAACGAAGGCGACCAGGUGAAGAAUGGUACCAACAUGAAGUCACUUCAACUGGAACCCGGAGCCUCCCCCACCUUCAAUGCACACAUGGGCAGCUCUGUGGGCGGGGGUGUGGCCGCUGUCACCAUGUUGGUGCUGAUUCUGCUGGCGUCCUGCUUACUGUUCCGUCGAUGCCGACGCUCUGCAGCCACAAAGCAGGAAAGGGCAGCAGCAGCGGCAAAGGUGUGCGAGGAAUAUCCCCUUAACACCAAGGUGGAGGUUUGUAUGGACAAAUGUGUGGAGAAGAACUUCAGCAGCAAACACUGCACCGUCAGAAACGUCAACGUCUUUGAUCGUAACUACAACCCAGGCAAUGGAAAGGUCAAACAGGUCAACCUGGAGGUCAAAGUCCACAACAACCUCAACGAAGGCACCGAGGUCUGAAGAGACUGCCAAAGACCAUCAAGAGUGGAGGGGGAAAUACCUUUUUUUUUAACUUUUCUAAAAAAAAAAAAAAGAGUUUGUAUGAAAAGAAUUAGAAGUUUGUCCAUGUAUUUUUCUACCAUUUUUAAAAAGGGAAGUGUGAUAAGCAAACAUCAGCCGAGCAUUUUUAUCAUUUAAAUACUGAGCUACCUCAGGAGACCACCAACCAAUCAGCUGCUAAAACAUCUUAAAACAUGUUUCUUCUACCCAGAGUAAAUCUAUUAUGAAUAUUUCCUAAAAAAUAUAAUUUAUCUUAGCAAACUGCUGACAAAUUACAGAAUCAAACUGCCUGCUUCAUAUAUAUGUAUGUAUAUAUAAAUAUACAUACAGACGAGGGUGGUUCGUCUACUGCUAUGAACCACCCUCAUAGCAGUAGACGUCCAAUACCACCUUAUAUCUUUAAAUACAAUAAAGUGUCCCCCUUUAAACUCAGGAGACCACCUGAAAACCUUUGCAAUCAUUCUUUCUAUCCAGUGAAGCUGCCAAUCGAUCCAUCAUCAUCUCCAAAUAUCUAAAAUGACCAGAUUACUCUGCCAAAACAGAAAUAAAGAAGAAAAGAUGUAGGAUUAUCAUCAAAGUCAGUUUUUUUUUCCUCUCCUCAGUCACUCGGCAGCAGUAUGUCAGCUGACAGGUAGCUCAGCUUAGUCUCAUUAUAGUCAUGUUUUUAUUUUUAUUCUUUUAUUAUCAUUAUAAGUCAUCAGUAUGUCUGUGUGAUUGCGUUAUUUUAUUUUCAUUCACUUCUGCAGCUGUGAAUACGACUGACCUUUGACUGAAUUCAAUGUUCCAAGUGCAAUUAUCAACUCUUGAUUAACCAUUGCCUUUGUUUACUCAGUUUGUGCUCAUUAAAGAGGAAAACUCCAGUUCCAUGCCUUAACCAGAAAAAUGUGCCGACACUCACUGUUUUAAUUGAAUUUUUUUUCAGACGCAUCUGUGGCAGCUGCAGAUCAAAAAUACCAUGAUUGAAAAAUCACAGGUAUUUUUGAAACCAUUUUUUGUUCAUAUAAUGGGAAUGGUUAAAACUUUGGAUGCUGAGUUUCAUUAAUCGGGUAGAUGAUCAGAUGAUCACUUACUGCUGUUACAAAUGCAUGCUGUUAUUCAUACACACACACACUGGACUGUGUUUAUUCUCAUUAUUUUACUCUAUUAUUAUUUCAUUAUUUUAAUUAUUAUGAUCAUAAUAUUGCUGUUCUACUGCUGAUGUUGAAAUGACUGCAACGUUUAAACACGGUACAUUUCUCUGACUCCACCCACUUCCUGUCUUCUUUCUACUGUGUGCCUAUGAGACAUAGGAGUGGGGGAUUCUGGGAAAUAAUCCUAUAUUUUUGGUGCUGUUAUUUUGUGAGAAAAAAGUUACAAAGAUGUUUUGAAAUUGUUGGCUUUAUUUUGGUGCCUUUUUAUUAAAUAAAAUUAAGGUUGAAAAUUAAAA